UCUCUCCACCGAGGCACCGACCACGACCACUGCACAGCUUUCCCUCUGCCAAUGGAUACCGCCGCGCUCCUCCAACGAGCACCGUCGCCCCCUCCCCUCCUCCGACCGCUUCCACCCCCUGCGUCGCGCUCUCCGGUCGCCACCGCCCUAAUCCGACGACCACGACCAUCCUCUCCGCCCUCCUGCUCCGUUCGAGCGCAGCCGUCGCCUCCGACAUCACCGGAGAACCCCGUGGUCGUGCUUCGUAGGGAAGAUGAAGAGGAGAAGGAGAAGGAGUACUGGGAGAUAAUGGUGAGCAUGUAUAAGGACUUCCGCCGGCGGGCGCCACUCCGAUACGCCGCGAGAGCCGCGGCAAGGAGAGCAGCUACUCGAGUAUCUGAUCCGCUUCAGACCAGCCAUCACGGCACUGCGGGCGACAAGCGCAUGGUCGCCGUCGCCCCGCCCAGGCGCACUGCCUCUCCCCCUGCUCCAUCUUCCUCGAGUAACUUCAAACUGCAAGGGCUGACGACCACAAAUAAAUUCGGGACACUCGCUGAGAUGACCGAGGACAUGCUGGAUUCUGUGUUGUAUCCGCAUAGGAAGCUCUCGGUUUAGGGCGGCGGCAACUACGAUGACUUGGCUUCCCACAAAUCAGACGAUGAGUCCUCUUCGAGUGUUACUGUCGGUACCGUCCUUAUCGGUCAGAUCGAAGUCCAAUUCAACGUGGACCAGUACAAGUGGCCGGAGUUGAAGAAACAACGAAGCCUGAAAGAUGCCACGCAAAUGGCGGCGCCGCUGCCAAUGCUCGACACCAACAAUGGCAAGGAGGCCGCGCUGGCGACGCCGAUGCUCGAUAGCAACCAUGCCAAGAAGGCGGCGGUGGCAGCGCCGGUGCCCGACACCAACAAUGGCAAGGAGGCCGCGCUGGCGACGCCAAUGCCCUACAGCAACCAUGCCAAGGAGGCGGCGGUGGCGGCGCCGGUGCCCUACACCAACCAGGCCAAGGAGGCGGCUGUGGCGGCGCCGGUGCCCGACACCAACCAUGCCAAGGAGGCGGCUCUGGCGGCGCCAGUGCCCGACACCAACCAGGCCAAGGAGGCGGCUGUGGCGGCGCCAGUGCUCGACACCAACCAUGCAGUGCUCCCGGUGGUCGAUGCCACGUACAUGGCGGCGCCGCUCCCGCUGUUCGACACCAACCACCGCAAGGAGGCGGCGCCGCUGGCGAUGCUCAAGAGACAAGUUGGGCAGAGCAGCGCUGGAAAGGAACCAGUGCCAAACCCUCUCGCGGUCAACAUUGGCUCAAUUCCGCGUGGGAUUGGUGGCCUUGGUGGUGUUGGCGGUGCCCCUGGAGGGGAUGGAGCCCAUGGAAGAGGUGGGGGUGGCAGUGGAGGUGCGCCUGGUGGUGGAGGAGGGCCGGGAGGCGGUGGUGGCGGGGGAGGAGAUCCGGCAGGAGGCGGCGGCGGCGAGAACCCUGUUCGUGGUCUACGGGUGCUUCCAUACGAGCUGCCUUCUGUCAUGUGCAGGCUUUGCUUUGAGCAGCCAACCAGGUACUGCAAUGGCUGCAAGUCCGUUUACUGUCCAUUUUGUUUUUGUCAGUGCAACACGGCCCAGUACUUCCUCCCGAUCCCGUCUCUCGUCGGCGGUAGCUGUGUCCUCCCAAUACCCGUUACUCUCGAGGAAGCAGACUUUCCAUACAUUUUCACUGCGGGCGUGCGCCAGGAUCCUUGGAUUAGCUGGUACUUUGCUAAGGUCGAUAAUAUUUUCCAAGUAGAGAACUUGCAGCCGAGUAUUCCAGUUGUGCGAUACACAUACAGACUCCAGGGAGCCUGGGUCGUGAGUAUGACAGGAGCCGUGUAUGAGUCAGUGCCUCGCUUCCAAAUGUUCCCAGGCUACUAUCCUCACCAGUAGACUCUUCAUGUUGCGUCUUGUUCAUCUGAGCUAUCUGUGCUCACUUAUCAUGAUUUGUAAUGCUACAUUGUGAUGUACUUACUCCUUCAGUAAUGAUAGCCAGGAAAACUUUUACCUGCAAUUAUGGUAUUAUAAAGUUUAUUUCU